CCCUUUUCUCUGUGCUUCCCUCCUCAUCGUCUAUCUUCACCGGGAUUCCUUACACAUCCAUCGCUGCUUAUUCGCGCGUGUCAACUCGUAUUUAAUACUUUAUCCACACACAACUUCCGCACAGCACGUCCUUCAGAGACGCGGCAAACAUAGCAAAAACACGAUGGGAGCAACAGACUACUUCUCGAUCCCCAUCUUCUUCAUCAUCUUUCGCGAGACCACUGAGGCUGCGAUCAUUGUCUCUGUCUUGCUCUCGUUCUUGAAGCAAGUCCUGACUGAGGAUCCAUUAAUCAAGAAGAGAUUAUCUCGUCAGGUGUGGGCCGGGACAGCCUUAGGGCUAGCCAUCUCGCUGGCGAUUGGCGCUGCAUUCAUUGUUAUCUGGAAUAAGUACGCCAACAACCUAUGGGCCAACAGUGAAGAGCUCUGGGAAGGUAGUUUCUCGUUGAUUGCCGUGGUCAUGAUCACGGUCAUGGGCAUUGCCAUGCUGCGGACGACGCAGAUCCAAGAAAAAUGGAAAGGCAAGUUGUCCAAGGCCAUGGAGCAAGAGAACGAGCGUGGCCUCGGCAACAGCUCGCGUCGCUAUGCACUUUUUAUCCUGCCACUCAUCACCGUCUUGCGCGAGGGUCUCGAGGCCAUUGUCUUCAUCGGUGGUAUUACGUUUUCUGAGCAGGCAAGAGCGAUCCCUGCAGCCGUGGUCGUCGGUAUCCUGUGCGGCCUCUUUGUCGGAUUCCUGCUCUACCGAGGAGGCAACAUGAUGAAGCUGCACAAGUUCUUCGUGGCCUCCACAUGCCUAUUACUCAUCAUCGCCGCAGGCCUGGUCGCCAAGGCUGUUACUGCGUUCGAGGCCAAUACCUGGAACAGGCUGACGGACACGCAGUCGGACGAUGUGGGCACGUAUGAUCCACGCGUCAAUGUCUGGGGACUGAAAUGCUGUAACCCGAACGACCCGAAUGCUGGGGGUUGGGCGUUGUUGAACGCGGUUCUGGGCUGGAAUAACGUUGCCUCUAUUGGCACCAUCGUCAGCUACAUUCUAUAUUGGUUUGCAGUGAUUGCUGGUCUGGCUUUCAUGAAGCUGAGACGCCGCAGACGCGCUCGCGAAGAAACUAUCCUCCAGUCUUCUACAAGUGCUGUAGUUGACGAAGAUGGUGAAAAGAAUGCUGAUUUCUCGCAAGAUAAAAAAAUGGACAUUGCUGUGGCCGGUGGCGACGCACAGGAGAGCGUUGCAGCGUCUGUAAAGCAAGACAGUCAACUUGCUCGUCAUUUCAGCGACCAAACCCUGAAUGAAGAAUCAGAAGUCCUUCACUUGUAAACGACCUUGGAUUGAAUACGACAAUAGAUAGCCUCAAUACACGGAAUAUAAACUUCUAUACAUCCUCGACUGACGUCUGGG